AGUUUUAACGACGAUCUCGUGAAAAAGCGGCGACGACUAUUCAGGUGUAGAUUAGAUACGAAAGUCGAUUAAUAGCGACAAAAUGGCGAGACUGGUAAAUAAACAGUUCAAUUCUCCGAUUGGUCUAUAUUCCCAACAGAACAUUCAGGAAGUAUUGGAUAGGGAAUCCCAUCUAUUAGAAAAUGGUGCAGUGGGCAUCGACUUCAACAAUCCAGACGUUGGAAAACCCAACAACUUAAAAAAUUCCGCUGUCUUGAGAAUGUUAGAGGAAGAGGAAAAUAGGCAACGAAACGGUUACGGACCAGGUAGCGACCGACUCUUAAAACCCCUCCGAGCCUGGCCCCCACCAGAGUACGAGCAAAAGAGCCAACUCAGGUCAACAUUUAAAGAUGUCGUAAUUCCAGGCGUCAAACGAGUAGCUUGGCCACCACCACACGAAACUGGACAAAACAGUCCAUACAUAGAGCAAAACCUAGUUCAGACACAAGGUGGACCUCAAUAUCCCUCUCAGGCUGCAGGCUACCAGAAUAACUACCAACAACCAAAGCCAGCUCCCUCUAACCAAGCCUUAUACCAACAACAACGCGCGCCAUUGAAACUAGACGUGUCUCAAGGCGGAUCUUCACCCUUGGCUUCUCCUCUAUCUAAUCAAAGCCCACACGGUUACAGAGCCCCAACUCCGAACAAGAAUUGGGCAUCUGUACAAUCUCCAGUGCAUACUCCUAACCAACCCUCCUGGAGACAAAGCAGCCCUUCUAGAUUCCAAGCUGCGCACCAACCUGUAUCCCAGCAACAGUUUCUUGGACAACAGUACUCUGGUCCUUCUCAACCAAAUUAUAGUCCAAAUCAAGGCUCCCAGCAAUAUCAGCCUUCUGUAAACCAAUAUCAACCUCAACAGCAAUAUCAACCACAACAAAACCAAUACCAACAGCCCCAGCAGCAAUACCAACAACCCCAGCAGCAAUACCAAGCUCCCCAACACCAAUACCAAGCUCCCCAACAACAAUAUCAACCUCCCCAAAACCAAUACCAAGCUCCUCAAAAUCAAUACCAACCUCCACAGAGUCAAAACCAAUUCUCUAGCUUCGCAGCUCAGGCUGUACCCUACCAAUAUCCUUCUGAACAACAAUAUCAAACUCAAUCUACUCAGCAAUAUCAAUAUUCUCAACAAUAUCAAUCUUCCGAACAGAAUUACCAGUCUCAACCUCAGGGUUAUCAGUCCGUUCCACAAUCUUCUCAAGUGCAUAGUGUUCCAAUACAGGUACAAAGACAAGCUUCAAAACCUGUGGAACUUCCCCCAUCUACCAUCACUCUCCGUCCUCAGGCUCCAGUGAGCCAGGCUCCACCACCAGUUUACACUUCUCAACCAGCCACGGCGACCCUUAAAGUUAAAGUCAAUCCGAAAAAUUUACGAGGAGACCUAAAAUGGCCUCCGGAAGAUGUAAAGCGAAAGAUGUACGAAGAAGCUGAAAACCUUAAUACUAGUAAUAGUUUCCUUUCUAUUCAAGGUGGAAAAAAUCUCCGCGGAGAUAUGAAAUGGCCCCCAGAAAACGUCAAGGUUCAAGCCGAAGAAGAGAACAGGCUACGUCUUGAAUUAGCCAAAGGACCUGUUUGUAGGCCACGUAAAGUGCAAAGGGAUUACACCGCGUUCUUUGAUCAGCAUGCUCUAAAUUCCACCUAUCCCGGGUACAAAAUCCCUCCAGGUACCCAGUUUUAUAGGGCUGAAUAAAAUGUAUUUUAGGUCUUUUGUUAUUUUCUAAUUUAAUAUGCUUAUUUGUAAGUCUCAUUUGUUAUUAACACAUGGUCUGUAUAAGAUUAACUAUCUCAUAAUUUGAAGAGGAUGCAUUAUCUUUAAAUGUGCAUUUACAGAAAAUACGAAAACCUUCUCACAGGAAGGCACAUUUAAAGAUAAUAUUAAUUUAAUUAAGAUUUUUCUUAUGCAGAAGCUAUGUAAAUAAAUAUAAGCCGCUACGUUUGUGAUAAUAACAACCUGAUGUACCUACUUACUUGAUUAAAAAUUAAAAAAAUUCGCUUUUUACCAAAAUGAUAUAGUACAUGAACAGCAGAACCAUACAAACUUUAUUGUCUGUUAAAAAAGAAUUUCAGUUCCGAUUCUAAUAGAAAGAAAAAAUGCUGUGUCUAUAAUUUGUCAAUUGUCAAUUGUUAUGUGUCAUAUGUCACUUGUUUUGUGCCACAUCCAUUCAUAGUUCUCUGUUCAUGUACUAGACAAUUAUAGGUACAAAAGGUACUAAGCUGAACUGAUUUUUGAGCAAAUAACUAAAUGUAUUAUACUGAAAUGUAUUUUGCAAUUGUAUAAAGAUAAUAAAAAUAUGUAAAAAAAAUUCGAUUUUAACCUGCCGCUUACCGAACCCUAAAAUUGGUCGACACGACUGCUUGCUAUUGAUUGCAGCAACUACUAUGUACAUUAUUAUAUAAUAACUAGGUUUUAAUUACUUAUAAUGUAUAAAAAUAUUAUUUGUACUGUGUACGGCAGCAAAAAUGUUAAAUAAAGGCAGAGCCUG